CCGAGGGGGCCGCGCUCGCCGGGGCCGCCCGAGCCUUCAUCGCGGGCACUGGGGCCGCCAUCUUAGAUGGCGGGAGGCGGACGCCAGCGAGCGUGAGACGGGAGGCCAGCCUGCCGCUCUCCUUGGGCCCCGCGGAGGGCCAGCUGGCCGGGCUUUGGGGCGUGUGCCCUGAGGCGCGCAGCGCGAGUGCGACGAUGCGGGGGCUGCCCGGGGCCCCGUCCCCUGGGCUAGGGACGCGCCGAAUGUGACCGCCUCCCGCUCCCUCACCCGCCGCGGGGAGGAGGAGCGGACGAGACGCCGCCGCCGCCGCCGCCGCCGGACGACGGGACACGGAGGCGGCCCGGCUCCGUCAGGUUUAAGUAUCGUGUAAGCUGCAUCAAUGGAGCACAUACAGGGGGCCUGGAAGACGAUCAGCAAUGGUUUUGGAUUCAAAGAUGCAGUGUUUGAUGGCCCCAGCUGCAUUUCGCCUACAAUAGUUCAGCAGUUUGGCUAUCAGCGUCGGGCAUCGGAUGAUGGCAAACUUACGGACUCUUCGAAGACAAACAACACUAUCCGUGUUUUCUUACCGAACAAACAAAGAACGGUGGUCAAUGUGCGAAACGGAAUGAGCUUGCACGACUGCCUGAUGAAAGCGCUCAAAGUGAGGGGCCUGCAGCCAGAGUGCUGUGCGGUGUUCAGACUCCUGCAUGAACACAAAGGCAAAAAAGCACGUUUAGAUUGGAACACUGAUGCUGCCUCACUGAUUGGAGAAGAGCUUCAAGUAGAUUUCCUGGAUCACGUUCCCCUCACAACACACAACUUUGCUCGGAAGACCUUUCUGAAGCUCGCUUUCUGUGACAUCUGUCAGAAGUUCCUGCUAAAUGGAUUUCGAUGUCAGACUUGUGGCUACAAAUUUCACGAGCAUUGUAGCACCAAAGUACCUACUAUGUGUGUGGACUGGAGUAAUAUCAGACAACUUCUAUUGUUUCCUAAUUCUGCCGUUGCUGAUAGUGGUGUCCCAGCACUGCCCUCCCUGACAAUGCGUCGGAUGCGAGAGUCUGUUUCCCGGAUGCCUGUUAGUUCCCAGCACAGAUACUCCACACCCCACGCCUUCACAUUCAACACCUCCAGCCCCUCUGCUGAAGGUUCUCUCUCCCAGAGGCAGAGGUCAACGUCCACGCCUAAUGUCCACAUGGUUAGCACCACCAUGCCUGUGGACAGCAGGAUGAUUGAGAAUAACAGCCUGAAUGCUUCUCCCAGGGCGUGGUCCAGACGAUUUUGUUUGAGGGGAAGAGAUGCAAUUCGAAGUCACAGUGAAUCAGCCUCACCUUCAGCCUUGUCCAGCAGCCCCAACAACCUGAGCCCAACGGGCUGGUCACAACCCAAAGCCCCCAUGCCAGCACAGAGAGAACGGGCACCAGGAUCUGGGACCCAGGAGAAAAACAAAAUUAGGCCUCGUGGACAGAGAGACUCAAGCUAUUACUGGGAGAUAGAGGCCAGCGAGGUGAUGCUGUCCACGCGGAUUGGGUCAGGCUCCUUUGGAACUGUUUAUAAGGGCAAGUGGCAUGGGGACGUUGCGGUGAAGAUCCUAAAGGUGGUUGACCCGACCCCGGAGCAGUUCCAGGCCUUCAGGAACGAGGUGGCCGUCCUGCGCAAAACGCGGCAUGUGAACAUACUGCUCUUCAUGGGGUACAUGACAAAGGACAAUCUGGCGAUUGUGACCCAGUGGUGCGAGGGCAGCAGCCUCUACAAACACCUGCAUGUCCAGGAGACCAAGUUUCAGAUGUUCCAGUUGAUCGACAUUGCGCGGCAGACAGCUCAGGGCAUGGACUACUUGCAUGCAAAGAACAUCAUUCACAGAGACAUGAAAUCCAACAAUAUAUUUCUUCAUGAAGGCCUGACGGUGAAAAUCGGAGACUUUGGUUUGGCGACAGUGAAGUCUCGCUGGAGUGGUUCUCAGCAGGUUGAACAACCCACUGGCUCUAUCCUGUGGAUGGCCCCAGAGGUGAUCCGAAUGCAGGACAACAACCCAUUCAGCUUCCAGUCUGAUGUCUACUCCUACGGCAUCGUGUUGUACGAGCUCAUGACGGGCGAGCUUCCUUACUCCCACAUCAACAACCGCGAUCAGAUCAUCUUCAUGGUCGGCCGAGGCUAUGCUUCCCCAGAUCUUAGCAAGCUCUAUAAGAACUGCCCCAAGGCCAUGAAGAGGCUUGUCGCUGACUGUGUGAAGAAAGUUAAGGAAGAGAGGCCUCUCUUUCCUCAGAUCCUGUCUUCCAUCGAGCUGCUCCAGCACUCUCUGCCGAAAAUAAACCGGAGCGCUUCUGAGCCAUCCCUGCACCGGGCGGCCCACACCGAGGACAUCAAUGCCUGCACGCUGACUACGUCCCCCAGGCUGCCUGUCUUCUAGCUGACCCUGCUCCUACUCGGGUCCCCAGGGAGGAAAGACGCCUGCAGGUGCCACUUUCCUGCUCCCUCUACGGGGACAGAGAGCUCGUUUUCAGAGAAGCUGCUGCUAAGGACCUUCUGACUACUCACAGGGCCUUAACUUCACGUUGCCUUCGACCCUUCCUGGCCCUGGGGAGGAAGCCAUUCAGAUGCUGGUUUGUCCUGCUCCUUCCCUCGUGCUCGUGAGCCAGGCCCUCUCCAGAUGCACCAAUGGCUGCUGAAGGCAGUGCAGGUUGGGGGGCCCCAGCUGCUGGCCGUGUGAGUAUGUUUAGGGGCUAAGAAAGCCCUCAGAGGGGAAAAGAAAGUAGCAGGCAAACUAGCCCCAAUGGGGGACGCAUGGAUUUUGAAAUUGGGCCCCUAUGAGGCCUGCUCAUCCCAGGAUGGACUUUGUUCAGGGUGAGCAGGGUGGUGCCAGAGAGGUGGUUUUGCACGUGACCCCAACAGCCCAGGACUGUCAAGACUGACCGCCUGAGGAGCUGCUUUGGCACCAUGGACUUGGACUUCGGGGGUACUUCCCUUUCUCGGAGGUCUCCAGGACACUGGGAUGGCGUCCCAGGAGCCACUUGGCCUGCCCCUUCUAGUCUCCCUGCAGGGAGCAGUCUUCCAUCAUGCUGAAUUUAGUCUUCCAGGAGCUGCCCCUAUGGGGCGGGGCCACAGGGCAGCCUUGUCUCUGUAGUCACAUCACCUGUAUGCAAGGAAGCCAGAAAUAGAGGUUUUCUUGAUGA